CAGUGAAUUUCACAGCUUUUUAUAUGGAUGUUUCUGAAUCCGAUCUAUAAACAAAAAGUCAAUUGUUCAAUCCUUACUUAUUUCGAUUUAUUUAGCUUCGUUGUGCGUUUCUGCUUCGUUGUUCUUAUCGUUUUCACCUCAGGCUAGUUAAAAGAGUUUGCAAAAAUAUAUAUUAAGUAUUUUGGUAAGGUAAAUCAUCACCAGCAGUUGAUUAAUUCAACUCGUUUACAUCGGAUGUUGACAUAAAUGGUGUAAUUAUGGACAACGGGAGCCAGACUUCACCUUCAAGUAAACAAGUGUGCAAGAGAACGCAGUAUGAGGACCCCUUCGCUCUACAUUCACUGCUCUCCACUUCAGGUAGGGGGAGCCUUUUGGAUAAUGAGAGUGCACUCUUUCUGGGCCCAUUGAUGCCCCCCUUACGUAGCAUUGAGGACCAGUGUGAAGGCAGUAACCCACAGGGGGGCAGCGGCCGAGGGAUCCUGCAGCCAUCCAGUGUUCCAACCUCACCCCAGCGGAGACAUAGUGGUGUCACAUCUCCACCUCCCCUUUCCCCAACACCCCUUGGUGCAUCAGCAGUUUCCACCUCUUCAGACCCUAACUUUCAUGCUACUAGCCUGCGGGAGAGAAAUGCUGCCAUGCUUAACAAUGAACUCAUGGCUGAUGUACAUUUUGUUGUUGGUCAGCCAGGUACGGGAAGAAGUACUCAGAGAAUACCAGCACACAAAUAUGUAUUAGCAGUUGGUAGCAGUGUAUUCUAUGCCAUGUUUUAUGGAGGCCUGAAGUCAGAAGACGAAAUUCAGGUCCCCGAUGUAGAACCUUCUGCUUUUCUAACUCUGCUCAGGUAUCUUUACUGCGAUGAGAUACGUCUUGAGCCGGACACUGUGCUAGCCACUCUUUAUGCAGCUAAGAAAUACCUAGUUCCUCAUUUGGCCCAACAGUGUGUAAAAUUUCUCGAAGUCUCUUUAACAGCUCGUAAUGCUUGUCUCCUGCUCUCUCAGUCUCGCUUAUUUGAGGAACCUGAAUUAAUGACUCGAUGUUGGGAGGUCAUUGAUGCACAGGCUGAGAUGGCACUGCAGUCAGAUGGUUUUGUAGAUAUUGACUUUCCUACUCUAACAAGUGUCCUUUCAAGAGAAACGCUGAAUUGCCGUGAGAUUAUUUUGUUUGAGGCAGCUUUAUCAUGGGCUGAGGCAGAGUGCACUCGUCAAGAAAUAGAUCCCUCUCCUGACAAUAAACGAAAGGUGCUGAGCUCAGCCUUGAAUCUAAUCCGCAUCCCAUGCAUGGAACUCGGAGAAUUCGCAAACGGGGCAGCACAGUCGGGUAUUCUCUCCUUGCAGGAGACCACAGACCUCUUUUUGCACUUCACAGCUCGCAACAAGCCUGCUGUUGCCUACCCAGUUAAGCCGCGACAGGGACUAAAGAAACAAAUAUGCCAUAGAUUCCAGUCAUCGGCCUACAGAAGUAACCAGUGGCGCUACAGAGGGAGAGUUGAUUCGAUAAACUUCAUGGUCGAUAAACGGAUAUUUAUUGUUGGGUAUGGUCUGUAUGGGUCCUCGAGUGGUGCAGCUGAUUACAGUGUCAGGAUUGAGCUAAAGAAAUAUGGAGAGAUUCUUGCUGAGAGCACCACAAAAUUCUUCUCUGAUGGAUCCUCCAACACCUUCCAUGUUUACUUCGCCCACCCUGUACAAGUCGAGAGGGACGUGUACUACACAGCUUCAGCUAUAUUAGAUGGCGCCGAACUAUCCUACUUUGGCCAGGAGGGCAUGAGCGAGGUCACUGUAGGGGCGGUCACAUUCAUGUUCCACUGUUCCUCAGAAAGCACUAAUGGCACUGGAGUCCAAGGCGGCCAGAUUCCAGAACUCAUCUUUUAUGGGCCGACAACGGAUGCAUCAGAAAAGUGAUCAGUGUCGUCCUCUCAAGCGAGCGGUGGCAAUUCUAGCUUAUUCAAUGGUUAUACCAUUAAAUGUAUCAUAGAUCCUUAAGGACACCUGUAUAUGGUGGUUUUAUUCUUCCUCUUUUAAUACAGUGUAUAUAAACCUUAUACAAUUAUGCAAACCGAUCAUGAUGGAUUCUUUUGGUUUGGGUAAUGAAAUUAGGGGUUUUUGAUAUCACAAGUAAAUUGUGCACUGAUUGUCAAAAAUGUCUGGUAGAAGUCAAAAUAGAGCAGUACUCAGCAAUAACAUAAUAAAGUAGAGGUAAACAUAUAGUGAUUUAAACUUGCAACAAGUCCAUUUUCCUAACAUUUAUCCUUAUUGAUAUCAGAGUAACUGUGCAAAAAAAAUACAUCUUUUUCAUGAAAAUUAGUUGUGAUACAUCUUUUCUUUACCUUUCACAAUGUAUUUUCUUUAACCAGUUGUUUAUAACUCAUGUCAGUAAAUAUUCUGUUCCAAAUAAUGGUAAUGUAUGGUAUUUAAUUAAAUGUUUGGAAUAAGAUAUUUAACUUAUAUGCAAAGAGAAUUUCUGAGACUUGACUUUUAAGUGGGUAAGCAUUAACUCAUAAUGCGUGUGUGUGUGUACCUUAAGAUAAACCACACUGAAUCCCAUUAUAACUCAAAGUCUUGAAUUUAUUUAUUCUAUUAUCUUUACCUUCACCUUUGUGUUAAUUUUGUCAGUCAAACAUUAGUUCUAAUGAGAGAAAGUUGUAUAUUUAUUUUAACAUUUUGUAAUAUCAGUUUUAUAUAUUUUUCUUUCAACAUAACUGUAAAAAAAGUAAUUCCAGUCAGUGGUUGAUUUAAUGUAAAUUGUAUAUUUGUUUAUAUAAUUUGAUAUAAAAAGAGGAUGAUAUAUAAUGUGUGCCGAGUCUGUGUGUCCAAAGAUACCAAGAAAAACUGCUAAUUUCAAAUAAAAUUCCAUGUAGCUGUGUAUAUAUAUAUUUUUUUUUUAUAUAGAAGGCAUACUUUGUUAUUUUCAAAUGCAAAUUAAGUGUGAAAAAUGUUUUAAAAUAUAAGAGAAAAGCCACAUCGUGAAUCUCCUUGUGAAGAAGUACUAGCUUAAAGCAUAGUCCUUUUUUCCUCAAAUAAUGCUAUAAGUAAUAAUUUGUUCAAUGCUCCACUCAGACUAAGGAAGAAAGCACUACAUACCUAUAGCCCUCCGAUUUGUUAUUCAUACUGCAGCAUGUCAGUUAAUUGAUAUUAUCUUUAAUGUAAUCUCUGGAAUUAUUAAUAUAUUGUAGGAUGAAGUUUUUAAUUGCCGAAGCAUGGAAAUUGUGUCACUAAGAUUGUAUGUAUAAACAGUGACGCUCCUGUAUGAGCAUUUUCUAUUGCUGUAUUAUUGAUAUUUAUUUAGUUUAGACUUUAAGACUUGGUAUCAACUUUUCUUAUGUAUAAAAUAUAUAUAUAAAUAAAACAUUAUUGCUGUAAAUAUAAACUUUACAACCUUAAGUACAUUCUGUAUUUGUAUAUGUAGAUAUGUUGAACAUAUAGGAUUUUGUGAUAUGUCACGCAUAUCUUUUGCAUCGAAUGCAUGGUUCAAGUUAAACUAAUCUUGGGUUAAUUUGUCUUCAUGCAGCAUAAGUAUUGUAUGCAAAUGCAUGCAGAAAACUGGUAAUUGUACAAUAGUCAGUUUAUGAUUAACUAGAUAUAAGAAGCACAGAAAUCAGAAGCAAGAUAUAAGCAUUUUCAAAAUCUAAAAUAAACAAUAUAGGACUAUUUCAAAGGUGUUAUUGCAAUGGUAAAUGAUGAAAUUCCAAUGCAAGUCAAUUAUGUGCCAUAAUGAUUAGGGCAAAAACAGUUAAAGUGCAUGGUGAGGAUAGUUUACAAUGCUCUAGAAUUUAGUACUUAGAAAAAUGAAUCCUGCAGGUUCAAAUCUGACUCAUUUUAAGGAUGGUAGAAGAGCCAUAGAUGCUAAAUAUUCUGUCUGGUUAUACCCAUUUGCUAUUGGCCCAUAACUUUCUUUAAACUUACAAAUUGCAGUAUUAAUAGGACACAAAAGAAUGUGGUAGUGUAACAGAUAACAUGGUAUGAAUCUAUGAAUGCAUGCAUGUCAUUCGUAGUAUUACAUUAAAACCCAGUGGUUCUUAACCUGUGCACUGGAACACUGUAAUGUGUAGCAUAAUAAUAUUUUGUAUUUGUGCAGUUGUCAAGUUUAUGCAUUUUUAGUCAAAAAUGGAAAACAUCAGAAUUUAUCCAAAGUCCACCUAACCUAAAAGGUUUCUAAUCAAGUAGGAUUUAAUAAGUUCUCUUAUUGAGUAGCUUGCAACAAUUUGUAAAUUUACAAAGGAACAUUAUAACAACACAUGUUUAUGACAAAUUUAUAUUAGUAUAUUAAUGGAGCGCAGAAUUUGAUAUGUUGUAGAAGUCCAGGAUACAAUAUCUAGCAUGUUCCCAGAUUGCAGAUGUUAAGAACCAUAGACAUAACGAGUGCAUUCUUUAUGAUAAGAUAUUUUUGUGAAUUUUUUGGCUGAAAUUUAUUUUUUAAAAAUAUAAUAUUUGCAAGCUGUGCUAUUCUUUUCAACUGGAUGAGCUAGAGCUGAUAUUGCAGUAUCUGGUAUGUAAGUAAUACAAGAUUUCAAUGCAGCUUUUUACAAAGCCUUGAUAAUAUAUGAGCUAAAAAGACAUUUUUUUUCUUGAAUACCAGAGUUAACUGAUCAAUAGUAUAAUGUGCUUGCCAACAAUUUGCUGCCAGACAGAGCCUUAAUCACUCACAUUUCUGUACAUCAAUGUGGUGUAAAUAUAUUAGUUUCCUUCUAGCUGUAUUAUAGGCUUUUUUGUUAGUAGGUCAGCAGUCAUGUUUUUUAAUGGAGAGUUUUGCAAGAACUCAAGGUCAAAAGACUUUCAUAGGGUAUUCCCUUAAAAGUGCCAUAGGAUAUCAAAGACUAGGUAAGUUAGCAUGCAUGUUCAUUUAGCAUUCAUAGCAGCAUAAGAAAGUGUGUGCUACUUUUGAGAGUAAAGCUUUUGAUUUUCAUCGAGAGCAUUAUUUUAUAUUUUGCAGACAGCUUAACUAAAGCAAUUAGUAAGAGAGAAGCCAUUGUUUUAUGCAAAUGUGAACUUUUACCCUUGGUUAAUGAUGCUAUAUUAAAUCUUGAAUUGUGAACUUUCAAGAAUGGAAAUUAUUUAUACCUACUUAGCAAUGUUUUUAGUAGUAAUGCAUAAAUUAUUUCUUAAGGAUGAAACCUGUAAAAAAAUGUUUGAAUUAGAGAAAAAUACACUUUUGAAAUUACUUGAGUCCGUACUUAAAUUUACUUGCAGUAUUUGUCAAGCAGUUUUAUCUUAGUAAUAUUUCAAUAUUUCAAUAUGAUUUUUUGCUAUGGUAGCCAGAUAUCAGACAUUUACUAUAGUAUUCAUCUAGGUAAGCAAAACAUUUUUAGACAGAAUCAUGAACAUUCAGAGCACCUGUCUUUGAAUGUAACCAAUGACAGCUGAUCUUGAAUAAUAGAUUUAUUUCAAAAACUUCGGAAGCAUAGAACAAUAUUAAACAUGCGAGUGAUAAAAGUAUGACCUUCAUGCUGUGUUAGUAUACAUUUAUAUAAAAUGUUUUAUGUCCCAUAUAUCUUUAUGACUAGUUUAUUUGGUGUGCAUUAAUUUCACUUCUCAUAUCAUCAUGUAAGAUUCGUUUUUGUAAAAGAAUAUUUUUACAAUAAUGAAAUAUUACAAAAAUAAUCCUCUUUAACUUGAGUUGUUCAAACAAAAAGUCAACUAAAAUCAAAUAUAGUACUAUGAGGACCCAUCUUCAUUCUACAUUAUCUAAAGGGGAAUACCUGUACAGUAAGACACAAAAGUAAGGAUUAUAUGAUGAACAAAACUGGUUCACAUUUUUUACAAUUGUUGUAUUUUUACAAAAUAAGCAAUGUAUAUGAGAAUUAUGUGUCAGUUAUGAAGAAAUGAGACAUUGACCCUAUAGAAAAGAUCUUUCCAUAGAGAUUAGUUGAUAGGUACAGCUAUAGACAGGUUUUAAUGAUUAUGACAAAGCAGUUUUAAGUAAGUCCAUUAUAGUGUCACAGUUGUGUGUAUAUUAUCAACUUCCAAGCUAGCAUCAUCUGUGAAAGACAGUUAGCCACAGGUACUAGAGUACAAACUUAAGCUUUUCUUCAUACUUUGUAAAACUCUUUGAUCUUUUCAACUAUCAUAGCACUGAUGAGAAUAAAAAAAAACAUUACUUUUUCUUCAGCUCUGUACUUAUUGGAUAAUGAUGUGAAUUGUCUAUUUGUUCAGUGUAUAUUAUCCUUUCUGUAUUUAAUAUAUUCUUACCAGUAUAA